AUGCCGCCAGCACGCAAGGGAAAGGCUAAGGAGGAUGCGCCAGUGGUGGCUCUUGGGCCCCAGGCUCGUGAGGGUGAAAACGUCUUCGGCGUUGCCCACAUCUUCGCCUCGUUCAACGACACUUUCGUCCACAUUACUGAUAUCUCCGGACGUGAAACGAUCGUUCGCGUCACCGGUGGAAUGAAGGUGAAGGCUGAUCGUGACGAGUCUUCUCCUUACGCCGCUAUGCUUGCCGCCCAGGACGUCGCCGAGCGUUGCAAGCAGCUGGGCAUCAACGCCCUGCACGUGAAGCUCCGUGCCACCGGUGGAACUCGCACAAAAUCCCCGGGACCGGGAGCCCAGUCCGCCCUGCGCGCUCUUGCUCGCAGUGGCCUCAAGAUCGGCCGCAUUGAAGACGUCACCCCCAUUCCCUCAGACAGCACUCGCAGGAAGGGCGGUCAUCGUGGACGUCGUCUC